AUGGGUUCACCAACAUUAAUGGGUCGUAUAUGUCAUAUAUUACUUCGAUUAAAAGAUGAUCAUCAUGGAAUAUCUGGUAAUGAAUUAACACCAUCAUCAACACUUGUAUUUCUUAAUCUUGAAUGGUCACAAUUACAUUUAAUGAUAACACGUUCAACAACACCUGAUAUAAUAAAAAUGGCUAUGAAAUUAACUGAAUUUUUUAAUGCACAAUUACUUAAUUCAAAAAAUUUAUUAGCAUCAAUUCAAUAUGAUUUUUAUGAUGGUAUUAAACGAAAUAAUAUGGAAAACAAAAUUACAAAUGGACAAUCAAAAUAUGAUACAAAUAUAACUAAACGAUAUAUUGGUAUGCAUGGAGGAGAAUUAAUGUUACAAGGACAUAAUUUAACAUUAGUUGUUUUUCAUGGUUUAAAUUUUAAAUCACGUCAAUGGGCUUUAUUUUCACUUAAUGAACCACAAAUUAAUUUUGUUACUGAUCGAGGAGAGAAAGGAGAUAUUAAUCAAAAAUUAUUUUUCUAUUUGGGUCAUCAAGGACAAACAAUGCCAUCUAGUCUUAAAUCUCGUACAAAUAUGGCUUCUAUAUCUAAAGUUACAAGAAAUAGUAAUGAAGCACCAUCACAUUUAACCAUUAAUGAAUGGUUUAAUUAUGCUAGUUCAACUAUUUCUGCUGUUGGUCUGCGUGAUUUUCCAAAUAUGGAUGAUGUUUCAAAUCCAACACCAACAAGUAAAGUACGUUCAAAAUAA